AGACCAGACGGGCUGAGACAGUCACGGACUUCGGAGCUCGGGAGCGAGAGCCAGGCAGGGGACUGGGCAGAGUCGCGCCGUUCGGGAGCAGGGGCCGGCGGGGAGCGGAGGUGGCCGGGGAAGGUCUAGAGAAGAACUUUAUUUUGAAAUCUUGCAAUUGAGAUCUCUGAGAAUGAGUUGAGGAAGAAUUCAGGAUCUGGAAGAAAGCACUUGUCCUACAUUAAGGAGGUGUUAACAUUUUCCCAUCAGCUCUGCUACAUAAGAGAUCACAAUUUGAAGCACUUUCCUGGUGCUUGCCCAGAUGUGUGAAGCCUGCAAUGUUUAGUAUUUGUGCAGACCACUUCACAACAAGUGGUACAGAGCUGCAUGUUCGCAAUAUAAAUUUUACUUUUUGAAGAAAAAUUUUCUUUUGUUGUAGAUCCCCGGAAGCUAUAUUUUACUGUGGACAGGUUUUUUCGAUGUGAAUCCGGAGAGAUUAAUGUUUUGAAUUGAGAGGCAUCUAGUACAUACUGAAAAAAAACUUUAUUUCUCUAGAUGCAUUGUCUCCUCUGUACUCUGGGAACGUGCACAGCUGUUUAAACUACAGCUGUAGUCAUGGAAUUGUUACUUUUUGAACCAUGUGAGAAAUAUUAUUGAGCCUUUGAUACCAAGCGUCGCUUCAUUGCAUAAGCAGUUGAACACGCUACACUCUGAUCAUGAUAAAGCAUCUGAAUGGAAUGAGUCUGAUUGUCUUAUAAAGAGGCUAUUCUUUUACAAGAAGGGUUAACUCAUAUCGUCACCCUGUGGCAGAUGGAUCCUUAUAUCCAGACUUUAGAUGUUGAAGGUGUAUUGAUGCUUAUGACGAAUCCCAAGGACAAGGUCUACAAAAUGGCUCAAACGAUGUUUGCUGCAGGGAAGCAGUUUUACUGUAGGGAGUGGGUUUUCCACAAGCUUCAGCACUGCCUUCAGGAAACUAACUGCAGCAACACUGCUGCCAACACAUCUCUUGUAGCAAAUUCUGGGAAUAAUGCUGGUGUUGUCUCGGGGAAAGGAACUGCCUGGGUGUGUGUUGUUAGUAGGAGGCCUGGUAGUGGGAAGACAGCCCUCAGUACUGAAUUAUUGUGGCCAAGCUCACCUGCAAGCCUACAAAGAGGUUUGCAUCGCCAAGCUCUAGCUUUCCACUUCUGCAGGGCUCAAGACUCUGACACACUGUGUGUGGGAGGGUUUAUUAGAGGUUUAGUUACCCAGAUCUGCCGCAGUGGACUCAUCCAGGGAUAUGAAGAACUAAGAGAUCCUGCAGUUCAAAGUCUCUUUCAACCUGGGGAAUGUGAGAGAAAUCCUGCUGAAGCAUUUAAAAGGUGCAUUCUGCUUCCUCUUUUGGGGAUGAAGCCCCCCCAGCAGAGCCUCUUUCUGCUUGUAGAUUCGAUUGAUGAGGGUUGUAAUGUUGCAGAAGGUGAACAGACUUCUACAGGCAUAUCAGGAACUAUUGCAGAGCUUUUAGCUGAUCACUACGAGUUCUUCCCUCCAUGGUUGCUCCUCCUCUGCUCUGCUCGCAAGCAGAGUAAAACCGUUACAAAAAUGUUUACAGGUUUUCGAAAAAUAAGCCUAGAUGAUCUCCGAAAGGCAUAUAUCGUGAAAGAUGUGCAGCAGUAUAUUCUCCAUCGUUUAGAUCAAGAAGAAGCACUGAGACAACAUCUCACAAAAGAAACUGCAGAAAUGCUUAACCAGCUUCACAUCAAAAGCAGUGGUUGCUUUUUAUAUCUAGAACGUGUCCUAGAUGGAGUUGUGGAAAACUUUAUCAUGCUAAGAGAGAUCCGUGACAUUCCUGGAACACUAAAUGGCCUAUAUCUCUGGCUUUGUCAGAGGCUUUUUGUCAGAAAACAGUUUGCAAAGGUCCAGCCCAUUCUGAAUGUAAUUCUUGCAGCUUGUAGGCCAUUGACUACAACAGAAUUGUAUCAUGCAGUCUGGACCAAAAACAUGACAUUGACUAUGGAAGACUUUCAACGCAAACUAGAUGUUCUGUCAAAAGUUCUUGUUGAUGGGCUAGGAAAUACUAAAAUUUUGUUUCAUUACAGUUUUGCAGAAUGGUUGCUGGAUGUAAAGCACUGUACACAGAAAUAUUUAUGUAAUGCAGCAGAGGGACACAGAAUGUUAGCAAUGAGUUACACUUGUCGAGCAAAGGAUUUGACACCAUUAGAGGCCCAAGAAUUUGCAUUGCAUCUAAUUAAUUCAAAUUUGCAGUUAGAGACUUCUGAGUUGGCUUUGUGGAUGAUAUGGAAUGGCACACCAGUCAAAGACUCUUUGUCCACUUUAAUCCCAAAAGAGCAGGAAGUACUACAGCUGCUAGUAAAAGCUGGUGCUCAUGUCAACAGUGAAGAUGACCGUACAUCUUGCAUUGUACGACAAGCUCUUGAAAGAGAAGAUUCCAUUCGGACCCUGUUAGAUAAUGGAGCAUCAGUAAAUCAGUGUGAUUCAAAUGGGAGAACAUUGUUAGCUAAUGCUGCAUAUAGUGGCAAUCUUGAUGUUGUUAACUUACUUGUUUCUAGAGGAGCAGAUUUAGAAAUAGAAGAUACUCAUGGGCAGACAGCACUUACUUUAGCUGCUCGACAAGGACAUACCAAGGUUGUCAAUUGUUUGAUUGGAUGUGGGGCUAAUGUAAAUCACACUGAUCAUGAUGGCUGGACAGCACUACGAUCUGCAGCUUGGGGUGGACACACCGAGGUGGUUUCUGCACUCCUCUAUGCUGGAGUCAAAGUGGAUUGUGCAGAUGCUGACAGUCGGACAGCCUUGAGAGCAGCGGCAUGGGGAGGACAUGAAGAUAUAGUGCUGAAUCUGCUACAACAUGGAGCUGAAGUCAACAAAGCUGAUAAUGAAGGUAGAACGGCUUUGAUUGCGGCAGCAUACAUGGGACAUAAAGAGAUUGUGGAGCACCUCCUUGACCAUGGUGCAGAGGUAAAUCAUGAGGAUGUGGAUGGAAGGACUGCUCUGUCUGUUGCUGCACUUUGUGUACCUGCUAGUAAGGGGCAUGCUUCAGUGGUUAGCCUUUUAAUUGACCGUGGUGCUGAAGUAGAUCAUUGUGACAAAGAUGGUAUGACUCCGCUACUGGUAGCUGCCUACGAAGGGCAUGUAGAUGUAGUUGACUUACUUCUAGAAGGAGGAGCUGAUGUGGAUCACACUGACAAUAAUGGUCGUACACCCCUUCUGGCAGCAGCCUCUAUGGGCCAUGCUUCAGUUGUAAAUACUCUUUUAUUUUGGGGUGCUGCUGUGGACAGCAUUGAUAGUGAAGGGCGAACAGUUCUUAGUAUAGCCUCUGCCCAAGGUAAUGUUGAAGUAGUACGGACUCUGCUGGACAGAGGUCUAGAUGAAAAUCAUAGAGAUGAUGCAGGAUGGACACCUUUGCACAUGGCAGCUUUUGAAGGUCACAGGUUGAUAUGUGAAGCACUUAUAGAACAAGGUGCCAGAACAAAUGAAAUUGAUAAUGAUGGACGUAUACCUUUCAUACUGGCUGCACAAGAAGGUCACUAUGAUUGUGUACAGAUAUUACUGGAAAAUAAAUCUAACAUUGAUCAGAGAGGCUAUGAUGGGAGAAAUUCUCUCCGAGUUGCUGCUUUAGAAGGUCAUAGAGAUAUAGUUGAACUACUUUUCAGCCAUGGAGCAGAUGUAAACUACAAAGAUGCUGAUGGCCGGCCAACACUUUACAUCUUGGCAUUAGAAAACCAGCUUACAAUGGCUGAGUAUUUUUUAGAAAACGGUGCAAACGUAGAAGCAAGCGAUGCAGAAGGAAGGACAGCACUCCAUGUUUCCUGCUGGCAGGGCCAUUUGGAGAUGGUGCAGAUACUGAUAACAUACCAUGCUGAUGUGAAUGCUGCAGACAAUGAGAAGCGAUCCGCUUUGCAGUCUGCUGCUUGGCAAGGCCAUGUGAAAGUAGUUCGGCUUUUGAUUGAGCAUGGAGCCUUAGUUGACCACACCUGUACAGGUGCUACUGCGCUCUGCAUUGCAGCACAGGAAGGACACAUUGAUGUUGUGCAGAUAUUACUGGAGCAUGGUGCUGAUCCAAAUCAUGCAGAUCAAUUUGGACGUACUGCUAUGCGUGUUGCAGCAAAAAAUGGACAUUCUCAGAUUAUUAAAUUACUGGAAAAAUAUGGUGCAUCUAGUCUAAAUGGCUGCACUCCAUCACCAGUCCACACAAUGGAGCAAAAACCCUUGCAGUCAGUCUCUUCAAAACUACAGUCAUUAACAAUAAAAUCAAAUAGUUCAGGGAGCACUGGUGGAGGAGAUAUGCAGCCUACUAUGCGUGGUUUGUCUAAUGGGCCUGCUCAUGCUUUUAGUUCUCCCUCAGAAUCUCCAGAUUCUACAGUGGACCGCCAGAAGUCGUCUUUAUCAAACAACUCUCUGAAAAGUUCCAAAAACUCUUCUCUGCGUACUACGUCAUCUACAGCAACUGCCCAGACAGUGCCUAUUGAUAGUUUCCAUAGUAUGUCAUUUACCGAACAAAUACAGCAGCAUUCACUGCCUCGUAGCAGAAGCAGGCAGUCCAUUGUUUCUCCUUCUUCCACAACUCAUUCCUUAAGUCAGAAUCAUAAUUCACCAAGUAGUGAAUUUGAAUGGAGCCAAAUAAAACCUAGUUUGAAAUCAACUAAAGCAAACAAAGGGGGGAAAACAGAAAACUCCAGCAAAUCUGGAUCUGCUGGGAAAAAAAUCAAGCAGAGCAGCUCCUCUCAACCACAAGUUUUAGAAUAUGAAAUGACUCAGUUUGAUAAACGAAUACCUGUUGCCAAAUCUGGAACCAGUGUGCCACUUAAAUCAAUGCCAGCAGAGCCACAGUGCAAAAUUUUGGUCCCUCCAUCUCAGCAAGAAGUUUGUCGACCUCAGCAACAGUUCCUAAUUCACCAACAGAGUGGGGAACAGAAGAAGCGAAAUGGAAUAAUGACAAACCCAAAUUAUCAUCUUCAAAGCAAUCAGGUUUUUCUUGGUAGGGUUUCCGUCCCACGAACAGGACAGGAGAGAGGACUUCAGGAAGUUUUGGAAGGCUAUCCUCCUGCAGAGACAGAACUAAGCCUUAAGCAAGCCUUAAAACUUCAGCUUGAGGGAACUGACCCAAGCUUCAACUACAAGAAGGAAACACCACUGUAAUAGGCCAAUUCCAUGAUGCUAUGAACAGAAGAGUUUCUGCCUGGAAUGGUUUAAUCAGCUGCCAGGGAUGAAAGCAUAUAAUGCUUGGUAGUCCAUCUAGAAAACUAAGAAUGUGAUUACUGCAGUACAAUUACCUUAAUUACUGUAAUGUGCCUAAAUUUUAAGGCUGCCUUCUCAGUGUAACUCUCUGCGCUUCAGAAGUUUAUUUGUGUACUUUGUACAUAAUACACAGAAUAAACACUUUUUUCUUAAUUGCAGAAUAUAUGCUGUGUUUCCCUGACAACAUCUGAAAAAUUGUAAGAGCAAGGAUUUUUGAUAUCCUAUUCCAAAAGGCUUGAUAAAUGUGCAUGUGCCACAAUGAACUAUAUAUGGGAGGACAGUGCUUUUUGUAUUUAUUUUAUUUUCUUGUGGCAAAAGAAACUAAACAUUCAGUUUAUACCCUAUUUGCAUUGCUGUAAUGUAUGGUCAUUUUCCUGUGUAUUUCAAAAGUUCUCUCAAGAAAAACAAAUCUGGUAAUAGUAUUUGAUGAAUUUACAGUACUUGUAUGUUCUGUCUGUAAAACUACUCCGUUCAAUGGUAGUGAUGCAAGAUUAUAACCAUACACCACACCUCUGGGAUUUUUUGUAAUAAAAUCUAAUUUCUACAAUUACAGCUUGAUAUCUGGAUGUACAGACUGGGUACCACUGAAAACGAUAGGAGCUAUGCAUAUGCAUCCACAGGCAAAACUUAGCCCAUAGUAAAUAGUCUAGUAUGAC